AUGGAGCAGGACGUCGAGAGCUCUGUGGCCGCUCGGCAGCCAAAGCUGCCGAAACAAGUCCGAGAGGAGGUCCCAAAGCAAAUAGCCAAAAGGAGCAUCCAGAGAUAUGUGCGAAAGGACGGAAAGUGUAACGUCCACCAUGGGAAUGUCAGGGAGCGGUACCGUUACCUAACUGAUAUCUUCACUACGUUAGUGGACUUAAAAUGGAGGCUAAAUCUACUCAUUUUUGUCAUGGUCUAUACUACCACUUGGCUUUUUUUUGGAAUGAUCUGGUGGCUUAUUGCCUACAUACGAGGGGACUUGAGCCACAUAGGAGACUCUUCAUGGGUGCCCUGUGUUAACAAUCUCAAUGGCUUUGUCUCAGCAUUUCUCUUCUCCAUAGAGACUGAAACCACAAUUGGAUAUGGAUACAGAUUCAUCACAGACAAGUGUCCAGAAGGCAUCAUUUUACUCCUAGUCCAGUCCGUCCUGGGCUCAAUAGUCAAUGCUUUCAUGGUUGGUUGCAUGUUUGUGAAAAUAUCACAGCCCAAUAAGAGGGCUGAAACACUGGUCUUCUCCACAGAUGCAGUGAUCUCUGUACGCGAUGGGAAGUUGUGCCUAAUGUUCCGAGUUGGGGACCUGAGGAAUUCCCACAUUGUAGAGGCUUCAAUUCGUGCCAAACUAAUCAAAUCAAGGCAAACCAAGGAAGGAGAGUUCAUCCCGCUGAAUCAAACAGAUAUAAAUGUUGGCUAUGACACAGGGGAUGACCGCCUCUUUUUAGUUUCACCACUAAUAAUCUGCCACGAGAUCAAUCAGCAAAGUCCUUUCUGGGAAAUCUCCAAAGCCCAGUUGGCUAAGGAAGAAGUGGAGAUUGUAGUGAUCCUUGAGGGAAUGGUGGAGGCAACAGGUAUGACAUGCCAAGCACGGAGUUCAUACGUUACCACUGAGAUACUCUGGGGUUACCGCUUCAUGCCUGUUCUGUCAUUGGAGGAGGGAUUUUAUGAAGUCGAUUACAACAACUUUCAUGAAACCUAUGAGACAAAGACCCCGUCUUGUAGCGCCAAAGAAAUGGCAGAGAUGAUCAGCAAGGUGGAGCUGCCCCUUACCUGGUCAGUCUCCACCAAACUCAACGAGGAGGAGGAAGAGGAGGAAGAGGAGGAGGUGCAAGCUGAGGACAAGAGCCACGAAGAGCAAACGGAGCAGAAUGGGGAGGUGACAAAUUUGGAGAACGAAUCCAAAGUGUGA